GUUUUGGGUUUUUAAAUGAAGUGUCUGUCGGCUAUUGUUUGCCUUGCUAUCGUUGUUUGUAUUGAGACUUUUGAAAUACAUUGUUCAGUGGCAGUGAGCCUCGAUACCUGUGAAUCCACUUCAUGUUGUUACACUAGUUAUUCUUCUGUUCUACCUUUCCCUACACUUGGCGCUCAUAGUUCCUCCUUCAUCCCGAAACCUUGUGGACUGGAGCAGACGGAACCCGUCUCGACUUUAGAGAAUACGAAACAAUGGGUGGUGCCUGAGGAAUCUUCUCUUGUAGAAAAUAAUACCUUUGUCAGUUCUGACGAGGAAGAAAGGGAAGGAAAUGAGGAGCACUACGUGUCUCUUGAAAAAUGGAGAGAUAAAGUGUAUUUUGAUAUCGAAAGAGAAAGAAAGAAGGAAGACAACAGUAGUGAGCAGAAGGUGGAACAAAUAGAGCCGACACCAGAGGUUGACAGUUUUGUGCCAGUGGAGAAAAACUUGCAUCGUUUUGAAACUUUACAAGAAACAAAAUCGGUUCUUGAACAUUUAGUUUGCAACCCUCCAAGAGAAGAACGUCAGAGCAGUAGUUCUGUUGAGAAUUUUGGAGAUAGUGUUAACACUUACUUUCCUGUGGAAUCUGAUGCCGGAGAUGUUGCUUGUGCCACUUUAAAACAUCAAGGAGUUUCUAGUCACCUGAUUGAAUCCAGUGCUGUGAAUGCUAAUCAUUCAGAAGCUUGGAAAUGUGAUAAAGUUUUAGAUAACGAAUGGUCUGUGUACAAGUUGUUUGCCAAAUGUUUGCAAUUUGUGAACAAAAUUGGCGCAGCUUUCUCACGAAAAUUACGUAACGAAGUAAGUGAAACUGUAUCACAAGAUGGUUUCAACUUUGCAUCCGUCGAUGCUGGAGCAAGGAUACUUGCUGCCAACAAAGGUUCUACUGGAGCCAAGAAUGUUUUACAUGAAGACAAAGACAAGUACAUGCUGAGUCCAUGCAAACACAAUAGAUGGGUCGUUAUAGAACUUUCAGAAGAAAUUCUUUUGAAACGAGUGGAGGUUGCCAAUUUUGAAUAUUUCUCAUCUUUUCCUAAGAAUUUGGUGCUACUUGGUUCGCAAAGAUUUCCAACGGAUAAGUGGAUUUUACUACAAGUUGCAGCAUUUAAUGAGACUAGGGAUAUUCAAUAUUUUGAAAUUCGAGGUGAUGCCUUUAUUCGAUACUUGAAAGUCCUCUUUGUUGGUGUUCAAGGGAGAGAAUUUUUCUGCACUAUUUCUCUUGUCAGAGUUUUUGGGAAGCGAUUGGUAGAUGAUUGGAAGGAAGCCUUGGAACAGUCAAAUAGGGAUCGACACGUUGCUGCAGAAGUCAUAGCAGGAGCAUCUUUGAAGAAGAUAGCUUCUGUUUCCAAUAAAUGUGGAAUGGAUGGUCGAAACUGUUCAGUAAACUCAACUUUAUUGGGGUCUCCAAAUAUUCCAGGAGUUUCACUUGAGUCAAACUAUACUUGCAUCGACGACGACAACAACAAAUCAUGCAAUGAAUCUUCUUCUGAAGCUUUUACAAGAUCACGCUUUGCAGGUUUUACUGGGAUAUCUGAAAAUUUCCAAAUGGAACAAAAUGACAGUUUUCAAAAUAUAAGUGCAUUUUCUGAGGCAGUUGAAGAAAGUAUAUUUCGUCAGUUGACUAGAAUGUUGAGACAGUUAGAACUGAACCAGACUCUCGUAAGCCAAUAUGUCGAGCUUCAUCUUGCAGAAUAUGCUGCAAGUUUGUCAGACGCGAAAAGAUUGGCAGUUGUUGCUAGACAAGAGUCUGAAAUACUUCAACAACGUCUACAGCAGUUAGAAAAGACUGUGCCUUCCGGAAUGUUGGCAGGUACGAUGGAACCGAGAGAAUGUUGGACCAUAGCUUUCGGUGCGGCUGUAUUAAAUUUUUUGCAAGUAUCGUGUUUUUUCAUAGCACCUGCAGUAUUGCUGCCUUUAGUUGUGAAAGAAUUGAAAGCUUCUUUGGCUCUUGCCCCUUUACCUAUAGCGAUUGGAAAGAUUGCCUACGUGUUGUUUCUCGUACCAGAAGGUGUGAUUUUAGACUCAGUUGGUCCUUGUGUCUUCCUUAUAGUAGGCUUCAUCGGUUUGAGUAUAGUUUCAUUUUUGUAUUCCAUUUUGGUUCGAAGCUUUACUGUACUCUGUUUAUUUCAUAUAUGUUUGGCUGCUUUUGCUUCGGUUACUGGAGUGCCUGUUUAUUCUCUUCUACUUUCUGAGCUGUUUAAAGAAAAUUUAGGACUAGCUUUGGGUUUAGUAUUGUCAGGCUUCAGUUUAGCAGGAACUGUGAUUCCUUUUACGCUUGGUCCUUUAGCAGUCCGCAAAGGGUGGAGACUCAUCUGGAAACUGCUUUCUUUGAUUUUAGGAACUAUUUCCGUUCCUAUAGCUUUCUACAUUUGGAGAAGAUUUCCUGCAGCUGCUAAAGGACUGAAAGAUUCUGAGUCCUUUCCGAGGAGUCCGAGUUCCAUUUCGUACUCUCCUAGAUUUUCACGAAGAAGCUUACAAGAUAGAGGAAAACUAUCUUUUUCGGGUAGGAGUUCUCCAAACUUGAGAAAUGUUUCGAGAAGAUCUCUCAGUAGAAGACCUAGUCGAAUGGACAACAGAAAGUUGUCAGGUCUGACGAAUACGGGUUCGAUAUUCUCACCUAUUUAUUUUUCACUCAUGAUUUGUUAUAUUUGUGUGCAAUAUGCAUACGGUUGUUUUAAUGAGAAUAUUCUAUUCUUUUUAACUGUGGAUGCGGAUUUCUCAUUAGGUCAUGCAUCUUUGAUUUUGUCUCUCAUUAAUUGUGCUGCUUUUGCUGCGAAACUUGUCGGAGGUCAUUUAGGAGAUACACAUGAUCGAUACAGACUUGCUGCCUUUUCUUCAGCUUCAGCUGCUGCCGGAAUUAUUAUUUUAUUUCUUCCUGGAACCAAUGCAAGUCAGUAUACUCGUCUGCCGUCAUUGGGAACUUCCAGUUUUCAAUUUUUUCUCUUUGCCAUAGCUUUUGGAGCGGGAUAUGGGUCGACUUUUAAUUGUUUGUACUCUAUUGUUCCAAAUGUUUUUCCUCUUUCGCGUAUUGGUGUGGUACAAUCUUCUUUAUUUGGCUUUGGCUUAUUAGGAAAUGCAACAGGAGCAUUAAUGACUGGAAGUCUACGUGAAUGGACUGGUUCAUAUGACCUCUCCUUUUCAGUUGCCUUUGUUAUGUGCUGCAUUGCGUUUAUUGUUUUUCAUAUGCUUGAAGUAAUUGAACAUCAUAUGGUCUCUUCCAGCUUUCAUUCCGAUGAGCAAGUUCUUUCGUCUGAAUCCACUCAGCCAAUGUACAAGUCAGAAGUAUCCAUUCCUCUUCAUCAAGAACAAAGUACCAGUUAUGACACAAAUGAGGGGCAAACUGCAAAGGAAAAUGAAUCCUUUCUUAAGAGAUCUACCUCAUCUAUUGCCAUGUUACAACAUUCAAAGACUUUUUCUUCCCUAGUUGAUCGAGGGGUACUUAGUUAUUCUUUCGAUUUUUUGCCAAAUAUAUCGGUGGAUAAUGCGUCGGAUGACUCUUCGGAAGACGAGGUGGAAGAGGACAAUGAAGAAAAUGAAACCUAAGUUAUAUAUAAAGUCAACUUUAGUCAA